AUGGCGAGAGCUGCUGUAGUUCGUGCAGCUCCAUUGCAGAUGGUUCUCCUUCCACCUACAGCGGCACCUGCUGUGCCAUUUGCCACGGGGAAAGACCAUGAUGAAGAACUUGAGGCGCGUGAUAUUGUUCCUUUUGAGGAAGAAACGAGUGUUGUGUUUGAAGUUCUUGAGAAGAAGGAUUCUGACAAAGAAGAUGGUGCCCCAAAAGUAGAGUUAAAGGAGCUACCUGAAACUCUUAAAUACAUCUUCUUGGGUGAUGAGGAGAAUUACCCUGUUAUCAUUAAUAAAGGGUUGUCUUCUGAGCAGGAAAUGAGGUUGAUCGAAGAUGAUGUCAAACCUGUGAGGCAACCUCAAAGGAGGCUUAAUCCUACAAUGAAGGAGGUGGUGAGAAAGGAGGUGGUGAAACUUCUUGAUGCUGACAGGAUCUACCCGAUUUCAGAUACUGCUUGGAGGUUGAAUGCCGCCACAAAGAAGGCCCAUUUUCCACUUCCUUUUGUGGACCAGAUGGUGGAAAGGUUGGUUGGGCAUACUUAUUACUAUUUUCUGGAUGGAUAUAUUGGGUACAAUCAAAUCUCAGUGGCACUGGAGGACCAGGAGAAAACAGUCUUCACUUGCCCGUUUGGAGUAUUUGCAUAUAGACGGAUGUCAUUUGGUCUAUGCAACGCACCUGCUACGUUUCAAAGGUGCAUGCUCUCUAUAUUUUCUGACAUGGUGGAGAAAAAUCUUGAGUGCUUAUGCCAUGGUGCAGUCCUUGGUCGACGUAAGGAUAAAUUGUUGCAUGUCAUAUACUAUGCUAGCAAGAUUUUAAAUGAGGCACAAGUAAUUUUUGCCACGACUGAAAAAGAAAUGCUAGCAGUAGUGUAUGCACUGGACAAAUUUAGGUCUUAUUUGUUGGGUUCCAAGGUAAUUGUUUUUACUGACCAUUCUGCUAUCAAGUAUUUGAUGACUAACCAGGAUGCCAAGCCUCGUCUGCUAAGGUGGAUGCUGUUGUUUCAAGAGUUCGACUUGGAAAUUAGAGAUAAGUCUGGUGUAGAAAACAAGGUGGCAGAUCAUUUGUCAAGAAUUCAGGAGAAGAAAUUACAAGAUGGUCCAGAAAAAGAAAUAAAUGACACUUUCCCUGAUGAGAGAGUGAUGGCUAUUUUUGUGCCACCUUGGUUUGCGGAUACUGCCAACUACAAGGUGAUAAAAGAGUUGCCUCCUAACCUUACUCGGCAACAACAUAAAAAGUUUCUGCGGGAUGCAAGGAGAUUUCACUGGGAUGAUCCUUACUUGUAUUUCCAAUGUGCUGAUGGAAUCAUACAGAGGGAUUAUGUUGAGAGGUGUGACAAGUGUCAAAGAGCUGGAAAUAUUUCCCGCAAGGAUGAAAUGCCUCUGAAUAGCAUAUUGGAUAUAGAACUUUUCAAUGUGUGGGGAAUAGAUUUUAUGGGGCCAUUUCCCUCAUCUUAUUCCAACCAAUAUAUCUUGGUGGCUGUAGAUUAUGUGUCUAAGUGGAUUGAGGUUGUUGCUCUUCCCACCAAUGAUGCUAAAGUUGUGGUGAACUUUCUGAGGAAGAACAUCUUCACUCGGUUUGGUGUUCCUAGAGCCAUUAUCAGUGAUGGGGGGACACAUUUUUGCAAUAAGCAGUUUGAUAGUUUGCUUGCGAAGUAUGGAGUGAACCAUAGGGUGGCUACAUAUAACACCUCGCAUUCCUGA